AUGUCUUCUCGCAUCGAAAAAACGAUCGCCCGGCAGCGCGAAAAGAUCGCGGAUGGCGCCUACUAUGAAGCUCACCAGCAGCUUCGCACCAUCGCCGUGCGAUACAUCAAGGCAUCCAACUACAAUGCGGCGGCGGAACUUCUUGCGGGCGGUGCCACGGCUCUGUUGAAAGCUGGUGCUCAGCAGGGUGCCUCGGCCAGUGGCGGUGACUUGGCGAUCAUGUUGAUCACUGAGGUCUAUAACAAGGCAGAGUGGGAGAUCUCUGGUGGGAAUGAUGAUACCGAGGGCCGUGCUAGGAAGAAGUGUUUGAUUGAGCUCUUGCGUGAGUUUCCAUCCGACGAACCUACCAGGAAGAGAUUCAUUCAGGAAAUGAUUGGGUGGAGUUCACGGUAUGGACCGCUGGAGCGAGGAGACCCAGAUCUGCAUCACGCUGCUGGUUCAGUCUACGCGGAAGAUAACGAGCCAUACGAUGCCGAGAAGCACCUCAUCCUAGGAACAUCCGAGUCGGCGGAGACCCUCGCGAAACUUGAGUACGAGUGGUACACUCACGAUGACCCGCACACUGCGGCCAUCUAUGCCUCGCGCGCGGUCAUUCCAUACCUCCUUACCGGCAACCUCCGCAGCGCCAAUAAGGCCAUGCUCAUCUUCAUCUCUCGACUGUCAGCCGCCAACCCAUCUCUCGGCGUGCAAGACGUGAGCAGCUCCAACUCCGACGUUCGGGUCUUCCCUGCUCUUCCAUUGCUCAACUUCCUCAACAUGCUGCUCCUGACCAUCCAGCGGGGUAGUGCCGAUCUCUUCCGCCAACUCACUGCGCACUAUGCGACACAGAUCAAGGAGGUAGGCAUUUGGGACGAUGCUCUGGCCCAGAUUGGUGAACAGUACUUCGACAUCAAGAUCCCAAAGCAGGGUAACCCUUUGUUGGACAUGAUGGGCAGCAUGUUGUUCGGUGGCGGUGGCCAGGACAACGCUGGUGGAAGGAGGGCACCGUCCAGGACUAAGAAGGUUGAGGCGGCGCCGCCAUCAAGCAUGGAGCUUGACUAG